AUGACGACCAGCGCCUACUCCUCCUGGCUGAACAAGCGCGAGUUCAAGCUGCCGCGGACCCGUGCGAGGUUGGUCUCUCCAGCUGAUAAGGAAAAAGAAGAAGGCUCAUGCAAGACGCCAGAGAAAACACAAGAAAACGCCGCACCCGAGGCCUCUGCCACGACCAGAAAGAGACCGCGGGAGUCUGACGUCUCCAAGCUGCCGGCACUGCGGUCGCUCAAGCGGCGACUAGAGGAGACAGAGGAGACGCCUAUAAGGAAGGAGAAGAGAAAUCGUGGUGAUGGGUCUCAGUCUAAUGUCAUCGCAGUGCGAACAGGGAAACACUCGGGACAUCAGAAGCAGCACAAACAGCAGCAGAAGAAUAAGAAGCCUGUGCUUCUGGACGAAUCCUGCUACUGGCUGGCGGUGCAACGCUUCUCUCAACUGUAG